GGCGGUUGCCCGGGUGACGGCUGCAGAGGCGGUGACCCGGCCGACUGAGCGCGGGUGUCCGCUGCAGGGCAGCAGAGAUAUUUGCCGUGAGAAUUACCAGUAACGCUCCAAUAUGGGGGAUAUUCUGGCUCAUGAAUCUGAGUUACUUGGACUGGUGAAAGAGUAUUUAGAUUUUGCUGAGUUUGAAGACACCUUGAAAAUAUUUUCAAAGGAAUGCAAAAUCAAAGGAAAACCAUUGUCUAAAACAUCAGGUGGAUCUUUAAGAGACUCUAAAUCAAAAAUAAUCCAGAAGGAUCUCGUUGCUGCAUUUGACAGUGGAGACCAGAAGACGUUCUUCGAUUUGUGGGAGGAGCACAUUCCCAUUUCAGUCCGAGAUGGUGACUCCCUCGCCCGGAAGUUGGAAUUCUAUCUCCACAUCCAUUUUGCCAUCUAUCCUCUGAAGCACUCCGUCGGGAGACCUGACAAAGAAGAACUGGACGAAAGGAUUUCUUAUUUCAAAACUUACCUGGAGACCAGAGGGGCCACACUGAGCCAGACCACGGAGUUUCUUCCUUUCUAUGCCCUUCCUUUUGUUCCCAACCCUGUGGUGCACCCGUCGUUUAAGGAACUCUUCCAGGAUUCUUGGGUUCCAGAGUUAAAGUUCAAGUUGGAAAAGUUUCUGGCUUUAAUUUUCAAAGCUAGUAACACACCAAAGCUCUUAACACUGUAUAAGGAGAAUGGACAAAGUAACAAAGAAAUGUUGCAGCAGCUCCACCAGCAGCUGGUGGAGGCGGAACGUAGGUCGAUGACAUACUUGAGACGGUACAGUAAGAUCCAGGCAGACUACCACAAUCUCAUCGGGGUCACGGCGGAGCUGGUGGACUCGCUGGAGGCCACAGUCAGUGGCAAGAUGAUCACCCCUGAGUACCUGCAGAGCGUGUGUGUCCGCCUCUUCAGCAAUCAGAUGCGGCAAAGCCUGACGCACAGCGUGGACUUCACGAGGCCCGGGACGGCUUCAACCAUGUUAAGAGCCUCCCUGGCACCUGGGAAACUGAAGGAUGUCCCGUUAUUGCCCUCCCUGGAUUAUGAGAAACUGAAGAAGGAUUUGAUCUUCGGCAGUGACCGCCUGAAAGCCUUCUUAUUGCAGGCCCUGCGCUGGCGCUUGACCACUUCGCAUCCCGGAGAGCAGAGGGAGACCGUCCUGCAGGCCUACAUCAGCAACGACCUCCUGGACUGUCACAGCAACAACCAGAGAAACGUGCUCCAGCUGCUGCACGCCAAGAGCGAGGUGGUGCGGCAGUACAUGGCCAGGCUUGUCAAUGCGUUCGCGUCACUAGCAGAAGGUCGCCUCUACCUUGCCCAGAACACGAAGGUGCUGCGGAUGCUGGAGGAAAGGCUGAGGGAGGAGGACAAGGACAUCGUCACUCGGGAGAAUGUUCUCGGGGCCUUGCAGAAGUUCAGCCUCAGGCGCCCGCUGCAGACAGCCAUGAUUCGAGACGGCCUCAUUUUCUGGCUGAUGGAGAUCCUGAAGGACCCUGACUGCCUGAGUGACUAUACUCUGGAGUACUCGGUGGCCUUGCUCAUGAACCUCUGCCUCCGGAGCUCAGGAAAGAACAUGUGUGCCAAGGUGGCAGGCCUUGUGCUGAAAGUUCUUUCGGAUCUGCUUGGCCAUGAAAACCACGAGAUACAGCCAUAUGUGAAUGGAGCUCUGUACAGCAUCCUUUCUAUUCCGUCCAUCCGCGAGGAGGCCAGAGCAAUGGGAAUGGAAGACAUCCUGCGCUGCUUCAUCAAAGAAGGCAACGCUGAAAUGAUCCGCCAGAUAGAAUUUAUCAUCAAGCAGCUUAAUUCAGAAGAGUUACCAGAUGGGGAUCUUGAAUCUGAUGAUGAUGAAGAUGAAGAUGAUGAGGAGGACCAUGACACUCUGGAAGCCGAUCUGGACAAAGACGAACUGAUCCAACCCCAGCUUGGAGAACUCUCGGGCGAGAAGCUGCUGACCACGGAGUACCUGGGAAUCAUGACCAACACGGGCAAGAUGAAGCGGAAGGGGCCUGCGGGCGGGCAGUGGGGCGCCGACGAGCCCCUGCGCAGGCCCGUCACCCCUGGCGGCCACAGGAACGGGCACCCAGCGCUGGAAGAUGAUCCCGUUUCUCCCCAGACGGCCCGACAUACCAGGAACGGCCGCCUCCAGUCCCUGCCCAGGGCUCCACUGCCCGUCUGCAGAGAGGGGAGGCCCGGCACCCCCAAGGCUCGCACUUCCGCCUCACCAGCCAUGGAUGCCAAACCAGAAGAGUGGUUGUCAGCAGGGCUUCCAGAAGAUCCUCGCCUGCCCCCCGCUGGAGGUCCCAGCCAGCCCAGGGAGAUGUCCCAGGACCCAGACAGUGGAGAGAUCUCCAGGGAAUUUACAUCGGCCUUCGCCAACAAGCCCCGGACUCCCCGCUCUCCAGAGAUCCUGAAUCUGAAUCUGCCCAAGGCCAAGGCGUCGGCUUCUGCCCCUCAGUUCUCCCCAUGCAGCCCCCAGCGGGCCAGCUGCCCGGGCCCCACAGCAUCCUCCUCCAGGGGCCCACUGGAUGGGUUCUUAAUCGUUCCAGUUGAUGAAGUUGCCAGUGGCCUCGGUGGCUCACAAGCAAACUGGCUGAGUGAGACCUCCAGGCCGGGCCACUCGGAGAUAUGGACCCCUCUUGUGGGGGUGCCAGUCUGCCUGACCUGUCCUCACGUCCCCCAGUUGGCCCUGAAAUCCGUGCCUGCAUCCUGGGGGAGGCCGCCGGCCCCAACCCUGACAGCGUCCCUGCCGCCCCGCAGCUGCCGCGGCCUCCCCCACCCAACAGCAGACAGCAGCAGCCUCCCUGCAGGCUGCACCCAGGGGCUCCGGGGCUGGGGUGGGCCCGAGGACACAAGGCCCAUCUCUGUCCUCGGGGCUUCCCUUCCGCCCUGUUGGUGCUCUCGUGAUAACACUUCUCCCUUCUUCUCUGCACCCCCUCCCAGCCCCGGCCAGUCUCCCCCACACACACAUGCUCCCCAGCUGAGCCGGGCCUUCCUAAAGGGCUUUGCUAAAGAGAAACAGAACAAAAGAAUGUGAAGCACCCUCAGGAUGUGCGCAUUCCUGCCCCUGCCCCGCUUCCUGACUGGCCCUGGGGCGCUGGCCAGCUGGGAGCCGCUGUGGUUACUGGGCCGUGUGGGAAGCUGUGGUGGGAAACACACCCCGCAGCGCAGGGCAAGGUGCUUCCUCACCCGGCCCAGGGGGAGCGAGCGCCGCGAGCUCGGGGGUCGCUGGGCCCGUUGGAGGGCAGCCGGGCCUCUGCGGCCCUGCCCUGAGACCAGGCCGCCCGGGUCGGGGGAGCCCCGGCUCACAGCAGUCAGGCGGGCUGGCCUCACUCACAGCCCAGGACACAGCGUGGCCCUGGCCGGGGGCCUGGCUGGGAGGGCGGGGGGCUUAUGUGUCCCAGGGACGCGACAGACACACAAGCCACUGCCAGCAGAAGUCGCUGAGCGCCCCGCGCCAAACCGCCCGCUUCCUGCGGGGAAGGAGAGGGCCCCGAGCAGCCCUGCCCCGGUCACAGGGCAGGCGACCCGGCAGGAAGGCGCUCUUCAUCCCCUGUGCACGUGAGCAGGUGGAAAGACGGGAUUGUCGGGGACAGAGGGGGUUUGUCCGGAGCCCGCCUGGGAGCUGGCGCCUUCCCCUCGCUUUUCUCCCCCAGGCGGCCAGUCCUGCCGGAAGUGAGGAUGGCGUCUUUCUCCGGGCGAACCCCUGGCCUCGCCUGAGGCCCAGCCAGCUCCCCGCAGCUGCAGGUGGCGGCGUGACGGGGCGCUCAGGGCCGAGGGGGCGGCUCUCCGGGCAGCUGGGGGCAGCCGGGCAGUAGCCGGGGGCCGGGGGAGCCUGCUCUCGGCCUUGGCUGGGACGCCCCUCGCAGCCUUCCCACACCCGGAGGAAGGCACCUCUGGAGACCUCCGGCCCCGGUGAACACAGGCACCCAGCCGGGUGGAAAGUGCGAGGCCAAACCAGCGAGCCCAGUUCCCCGUGGGGGAAGCGGGCGUGGGGAACCCCGGGCUGUUUCCGCAGCCGGAGCGCGCGGCCCCUUCGGAGCCUGCUGACAGGCAACUCCCUUUGACCGACUGUGGAAACAGAAGUGGAUUUGGAAUAAAGGAAGCACAUUCUCCAUCCACGUGCCCCGGCAGCGGAUUUGGACUUUCCUUCCUCUUUUAAAAUCUGAUAAGGUUUAUGACAGGCAUCUGCCUCUGCAGAGCAGACCUGCGUUUCUGCAUGGACGUUUUUUAAAGGCCCCAAAAGCGUGACCAGCAUAACGCCCUCUGCCUCCCUCCCUCCAUAAACGCAGACAGCUCCGCGGAGGGUCGGCCCACCCGGCUGGCGGGCCAUGGAGGGGAACCAAGUCACAGAACAAGGGGCCAAGUCAUGGAACAAGAGGGAGGAAAUUCGCUGUCAGCCAGCAAGGCACGGGGAUCCUGGACGUUACCCAAGCUAUGGGUCUAAUCCCUGCAGUCUAAUCCUCCCUCCAAAUUCAAAUAUUGAAAUAAAAUAAAUCGCUGUUUA